AUGGCUACUCUGAAAGCCAAUCUUCAUGCCAAUGUAUUUGCUUCGAUCUCUGCUAAUUUUUGCGAAAAGGCUUCUGCUUCACUCAAGAUUCGUGCCAAUAUCCUAGGUGCUGUCAAGAAUUUCCCAGCUGCUUUCGAUGUAAAAGUGAAUGCCAAAAUCCAAGCCAAUAUCUAUGAAAAACUCGAGGUCAGUCUUCGCAAGAGCUGUGGUGUCAAUCGCUUAUUAGAUGAAAUCGAGCUUCUGGAUAUUGUUACUGAAUUAGAGACCAAAGCGAAAGCAUGGGUCCAUGUUGAAUUACCAAAGAUUGGUGUAGACUUGGGUGUCAGAGUUAAGGAAGAGCUCGAAAUUGCUGUCAAUGGUGUGGAGGUCAAUAUCCCUCUCAUUCUUCAGAUUGCUAUUGAUAUUGGUAUCAAUGAACGAGCUACUCUGGAGACUUGCAUUGACGCUGCUUUGAAGGUGUGCGCAAAAUUGGAUGCCAAAGCAUCAGCCAAAGCUAUGUUGGAAGCUUUGUGA